GUAUUAAACCUGUAGAAAACAGCUUUGCCUCCUCAUCAAGUGAUGCUGUGGUCCUCAUCCCCUAAAACAUGACAUCAUUCAGAAAGGCUGUAUGUGGAGGGUUGAGGAGGCGUUCAAAACUGCAAAUCCCAGACUGCGACUGCACGGCUGUUGUUGCAAAGGGCGUGGGCAUUGUCUUUUGUAUUAUUACAUAGCUACAUGGAUCCUCCGGGUGUGAAGGAUGCAUUUGUCACCUCGCAGCUGCGUGUGAACAUCGACAUCUGCAAGAAAACGACCAAUUACGGAUGAAGAAACACUGUCGGCUUUUAUGCACCCUGACUGAACGUUUGACAUUCGAACGCACCCUUUGCGAUACUUCCGACAAAAUGCCACAGGAUAAAUAAAUAGACUGAGCCUUAUCUAUUUUUCUCUAUAGCCUCAACUAAGCUGCUGCCUCUGCUUUCAUUGGUCUCUUAUGGCUUUUAUCAGUGCUGCCAAUUUAGGAGAAUAGGGCGAUAAUCACCGCAGGUUCAAGUCCGACAUGGCAGUGAGCACAUCUGAGCCGCUCUGUCAGCCGUGCGUUUACCAUGAAGCUUUUAAAGGGGGUGAAGAAAAAAGGGGGGAGAUGUCAGACAGGCCUACUGAUUUGGUUGCUGUGUGGUCAGUGGAGCUACAGGUGAAGAGACCUCUGAUGCCUGUCCAGCUGAGUCCAGAGCAAGUGGGCCUGGAGAUGUUGUGUCUUUGUGGGCAGCUGGACCUCCUCAUCAGGGCACAGAUGCAGCAGUUCCAGGAGCAGUUAGGACAAGGCUGUAGCCCAGAGGAGUCAGACACUUUCCAGGCUCAAGGGUCAGAGAUUCUUGACCAGAUGCUGCAGUGCCUUGAACAUCUACCAAAGCCUAUGCCACAGCUAGAGGACUACCUGGACAUGGUGGGUCUGUCAGUAAUGUUUCCUCGUGUAGAGGUGUUCCUCAUUCAAGGAAGCCCAGUGGACAUGCUGGAGAGGCCGCCAAUGGACGAAUACUUCUUCCACAUCGCCAAACUGAACCAGCUCCUGGUGCUGAGUCAACAGCUAGAGGAAGAUAUCAGGCACCUUGGAAGUCAUAAAUACAUUGCCCACCAGCUCUCGGUUAUUUAUCAAGUCAUCAGCUCUUUCAGAGGAAUUCAGGCUUUCUCUGAAGUGAAGAAAGACAUUGAGGCCAACUUCAAACAGAUGAAACAGUCUCUGGUGGUAGAGGAAGGCUCCAGGCAUGAACCUCAGCUGGCUGCCCACUACAUCAACUGGAUAUUAGAAGUAACUCAAAGCUUAACUUCAGUGGUGUUGAUGCUACCGGAGGAGCUGACAGAAGACCUUCACCCGGCCGUUACCUUCAUAUCACAGUUCCUGUCCUGACUCACCCACCCCGACCAACACCUCUGUAUCUAUGAAUCCUGACGCUCUGAUGCAUCAGAUGUCUCCAGGAGCGUCUAAAUGAACUGAUGUUGUGACUGUGAAAAGGUGCUACACAAUUUGAUUCAACGGAUUAAUGGUGGGAUUGGAUGGCCUACUUUAUUUACAAAUCAUGUAGGUUUUUAUAUUGUCCUCCUCAAUGUGGCCCAUAUUAGUCCCUAUGGUGAGUCAGCUGUUUGGAAAUGAAUGUAAGCCUGUUGAAUCCCGCCUUGCACUACUGUUAUAACUACUGUUAACAUUUCUUCCUUUUUUUUUUUUUUUUUUAAACCUACCUAAAGUGGAAUAAUAAAAUUGAAUGCAAUAGG